AUGGCUAGCAGUGAAUAUCUUGGAGGCAUCAUGCGCCCAGUAUUGGAGCUUUACCAAUCAAGCACUGUAUGUUAUCACUCAGUUGAUAGACAAAGCGGCGCUGUAAAGAUGACCAAAAUUUGGUUGAUUCUUCUCAUUUCUCAUCCUAUCGCGGGAAAGCUCUUCGUCGAGGAGAAUGCACAAUUGAAGGAAAGCAACUCUGGAAUGUGUUCUUUGUCUGGACCAACCAACCAUCAGCUUCCGCCAUCGGAACUCGCUGCAUUUUGGCACACUGUUUCGCUGCCAACGCCACCGCCAGCAAUUCUCGGCAUUUUGGUUCUCGAUAUUUCCAAAAUAAAGCCGAUAUUAGUUCAGCAGAUCAGAACACCCAGAGAAAAUGACGAACGGCAGCCAAUUUCUUGA